CACGAAAUGCUAGUGUGCCAGUUGUGUGUAGCGAGCGAAGUGAACAACAUUUCAGAACCGAGUGAUUUUUUUUAAGGCGCAGACGGAAAAGACGGAAAAACUUUUGACAAGCCAGGUGGUGGCUAUCAGCUUAAUCACUAACACACUGAGCAGUAUUAAUUCAAUUAAAUAAUAAUAGCAAACCGCAACAAAAAGAAAUCUUACAAAAUCGAAAAAUUUUUAUUUAAACGUAUUACAUAGCAACGACCGAAACGAGCAUACGAAAAAAUGGAGAAUUUCACGCCCAAGGAGGUGAAAAUUCUGGAAACAGUCGAGGACAUUCAAGAGCGUCGAGAACAGGUGCUUACGCGGUAUAAUGAAUUUAAGAUGGAGACCCGCCAGAAGCGCGAGAAACUAGAAGAUUCACGACGCUUUCAAUACUUCAAGCGAGAUGCGGACGAGCUAGAAUCUUGGAUUCAUGAAAAGUUACAGGCCGCAAGCGAGGAGAGCUAUCGCGAUCCCACAAACUUGCAAGCGAAAAUUCAAAAGCAUCAAGCCUUCGAAGCGGAGGUCUCAGCUCAUAGCAAUGCUAUUGUCUCACUUGACAACACAGGUCAAGAGAUGAUCAAUCAACAGCAUUUUGCUUCCGAAACGAUUUUACGUCGAUUGGAUGAAUUACACCGUUUGUGGGAGUUGCUGUUGAGUCGUCUAGCGGAGAAGGGCCAAAAAUUGCAGCAAGCAUUGGUUUUGGUGCAGUUUUUGCGACAAUGUGAAGAAGUCAUGUUUUGGAUCAAGGACAAGGAGGCUUUCGUUACAGCCGAUGAAUUCGGCCAAGAUUUGGAGCAUGUGGAGGUUUUACAGCGUAAGUUUGACGAAUUCCAAAAGGAUAUGGCUUCGCAGGAGUAUCGUGUCAUCGAAGUGAACCAGUUGGCCGACAAGCUGGUUCAAGACGGCCACCCAGAACGCGAAACAAUAACCAAACGCAAGGAGGAAUUGAACGAGGCUUGGCAGCGCCUCAAGCAGUUGGCAAUUGUGCGCCAAGAAAAAUUAUUUGGUGCGCAUGAAAUUCAAAGAUUCAAUCGCGACGCCGAUGAGACCGUUGCUUGGAUCGCCGAAAAAGAUGUUGUACUAUCAUCGGACGAUUACGGCCGUGACUUGGCCAGUGUACAAGCUUUGCAGCGCAAACACGAGGGCGUGGAACGCGAUCUAGCUGCCCUCGAGGAUAAAGUAUCCACCUUGGGCGCGGAGGCAUUACGUCUUUGUUCAAUUCAUGCCGACCAUAGCGACCAAAUACGCGACAAGCAGGCAGAAAUUGCCAACUACUGGCAAAGCUUAACGGCGAAGGCUCGCGAGCGUAAGCAGAAGCUGGAUGAGUCGUACUUUUUGCACCGUUUUCUGGCUGACUUCCGCGACUUAGUGUCAUGGAUAAAUGGCAUGAAGGCCAUAAUUUCCGCCGAUGAGUUGGCCAAGGAUGUAGCUGGAGCCGAGGCACUUUUGGAACGUCACCAGGAGCAUAAGGGUGAGAUCGAUGCUCGCGAGGACAGCUUUAAAUUGACUACCGAGUCGGGCCGCAAACUAUUAGAGCGUGAACAUUACGCUGCAGCUGAGAUUCAAGAAAAAUUGGCUGCAUUAGAAAAUGACAAAAGUUCAUUGUUGUCUUUAUGGGAAGAUCGUCGCAUCCUGUAUGAGCAGUGUAUGGAUUUGCAGCUAUUUUAUCGCGAUACCGAACAAGCAGACACAUGGAUGGCUAAGCAAGAGGCUUUUCUUGCCAAUGAAGAUCUUGGCGAUUCCUUAGACUCUGUUGAGGCUUUGAUAAAAAAGCACGAGGACUUUGAGAAGAGUCUCGCUGCGCAGGAAGAGAAAAUCAAGGCACUUGAUAUAUUCGCCACUAAGCUAAUCGACGGUCAGCACUAUGCUGCCGACGAUGUGGCACAACGUCGUCAAAUGCUGCUCGCACGACGGUCGGCGUUGCAAGAAAAGUCCGCACGGCGGCGACAGCUGUUGGAAGAUUCCAAUCGUUAUCAGCAGUUUGAACGCGACUGCGACGAGACCAAAGGUUGGAUCAGUGAGAAACUGAAAUUUGCUACCGAUGACAGCUAUUUGGACCCAACCAAUUUGAAUGGCAAAAUGCAGAAACAUCAAAACUUCGAACAUGAACUCAACGCUAACAAAUCCCGUAUUGAGGACAUCACAACAGUAGGUACUGAGCUGAUCGAAAAGAAACAUUACGCAUCUGACCAGAUUAACACACGCAUGCAGGAGAUUGUUGUAUUAUGGGAGACAUUGGUGCAGGCUUCCGAUAAAAAGGGCUGCAAACUACACGAGGCUUGUCAACAGCAACAAUUCAAUCGCACCAUUGAAGACAUAGAGCUGUGGCUAAGCGAAAUCGAGGGCCAGCUGUUGUCCGAAGACCAUGGCAAGGAUUUGACAUCGGUGCAAAAUUUACAGAAAAAGCAUGCACUGCUCGAGGCGGACGUCAUGGCCCAUCAGGACCGCAUCGAGAGCAUCAAAGUGGCUGCGAAUAAAUUCAUCGAGUCUGGUCACUUUGAUGCAGACAACAUUCGGCACAAGGAAGCCAAUUUGUCUGAGCGUUACGCUGCACUAGCUGCCCCGAUGGCCGAGCGGAAGCAGCAUUUAUUGGAUUCACUACAGGUACAGCAACUAUUCCGCGACUUAGAAGACGAGGCGGCUUGGAUACGCGAGAAAGAGCCCAUCGCUGCUUCGACCAAUCGCGGUAGGGACUUAAUUGGCGUGCAAAACCUUAUUAAAAAACAUCAGGCUGUUUUGGCUGAGAUCAACAAUCACGAGCCCCGCUUACUUAAUGUCAUCAGUUCAGGUGAGAAUAUGCUGAAGGAGCAGCCAUUUGCUAGCGAUGAUAUUCGCCAGCGCUUGGAUGCAUUGCAGGAACAGUGGAAUACACUAAAGGACAAGUCAAAUCAACGCAAACAAGAUCUUGAAGACUCUCUCCAAGCACAUCAGUAUUUUGCUGACGCCAACGAGGCCGAGUCGUGGAUGCGUGAGAAGGAACCAAUAGCUACCAGCAACGAUUACGGCAAGGACGAAGACUCUGCCGAGGCAUUACUGAAAAAGCACGAAGCACUAGUUUCUGAUUUGGAAGCCUUCGGUAAUACCAUACAGGCAUUGCAAGAACAAGCUAGAAACUGUCGGCAACAAGAAACGCCUGUCGUCGACAUAACUGGCAAGGAAUGUGUUGUGGCCCUUUACGACUAUACUGAAAAAUCACCACGUGAGGUUUCAAUGAAGAAGGGUGAUGUGCUGACGCUUCUCAACUCGAAUAACAAAGACUGGUGGAAGGUUGAGGUGAACGAUCGCCAAGGAUUUGUGCCAGCUGCCUACAUCAAAAAGAUUGAAGCUGGUCUAAGUGCUAGUCAGCAGAAUCUUGUGGAUAAUCACUCUAUUGCUAAACGCCAGAAUCAAAUCAAUUCCCAAUACGAUAAUUUGCUAGCGCUGGCACGCGAACGUCAAAACAAAUUGAACGAGACGGUAAAGGCAUACGUCCUCGUUCGAGAAGCAGCCGAUUUGGCCCACUGGAUUAAGGACAAAGAAAAUCACGCCCAAAUCGCUGAUGUUGUGGGUGAAGACCUUGAAGAAGUUGAAGUAUUACAAAAGAAGUUCGAUGAUUUCAACGACGACUUGAAGGCCAACGAAGUGCGCUUAGCAAACAUGAAUGAAAUCGCCGUUCAACUGACUUCUCUAGGCCAAACAGAGGCUGCCUUGAAGAUCCAAUCCCAAAUGCAAGACUUGAAUGACAAAUGGAACAACCUGCAGCAGCUGACCGCCGAAAAGGCGAGCCAACUUGGAUCUGCGCACGAAGUGCAGCGCUUCCAUCGAGACAUCGACGAAACGAAGGACUGGAUCGCUGAAAAGGAGAAUGCUCUAAACAAUAAUGACUUGGGCAAGGAUUUGCGCAGCGUUCAAACUUUGCAGCGCAAACACGAGGGUGUUGAACGCGACCUGGCUGCAUUGCGGGACAAAAUACGGCAAUUGGAUGAAACUGCCAAUCGCUUAAUGCAAUCACAUCCUGACACCGCUGAGCAAACUUACGCCAAACAAAAGGAGAUCAAUGAGAUGUGGGAUCAAAUUAUUACGAAAGCAACUGCACGUAAAGAAAAACUUUUGGACUCAUACGAUUUGCAGCGAUUCCUCAGCGACUAUAGGGACCUACUUGCUUGGAUCAACUCGAUGAUGAGCCUAGUCACGUCCGAUGAACUGGCAAAUGAUGUCACUGGGGCUGAAGCGCUUAUUGAGCGUCAUCAGGAACACCGAACAGAGAUCGAUGCACGUGCCGGAACAUUUGCUGCCUUCGAACAGUUUGGCAAUGAACUUUUACAGGCCAAUCACUAUGCUUCACCCGAGAUCAAGGAGAAGAUCGAGGAUCUAGCCAAGACGCGUGAGGAGUUGGAAAAAGCAUGGACUGCUCGUCGUUUGCAGCUUGAGCAAAAUUUGGACCUGCAAUUAUAUAUGCGCGAUUGCGAGCUAGCUGAGUCAUGGAUGUCGGCACGUGAAGCCUUCCUUAAUGCCGAUGAUGUCGACAAUAAGGGCGAUAAUGUCGAAGCUUUGAUCAAAAAGCACGAAGAUUUCGAUAAGGCCAUCAAUGGGCACGAGGAGAAAAUAGCCGCUUUGCAAGUUUUGGCUGAUACUUUAAUCAAUCAAAACCACUACGCAUCCAAUCUGAUUGACGAUAAGAGGAAGCAGGUGUUAGAGCGCUGGCGUCACCUGAAGGAGGGUUUAAUUGAGAAACGUUCUCGAUUGGGUGAUGAGCAGACAUUGCAGCAAUUCUCUCGGGAUGCUGAUGAAAUCGAGAACUGGAUCGCUGAGAAGUUGCAACUCGCUACGGAAGAGAGCUAUAAAGAUCCAGCCAAUAUUCAAUCGAAACACCAAAAGCAUCAGGCCUUCGAGGCUGAAUUGGCCGCCAACGCAGAUCGCAUUCAGAGUGUUUUAGCAAUGGGUGAAAACCUCAUUGAUAAGAAACAGUGCAGCGGCUCGGAAGAUGCUGUUCAAAAGCGUCUCACCCAAAUUGCCGAUCAGUGGGAAUAUCUCACACACAAAACCACAGAGAAGUCGCUGAAAUUAAAGGAAGCAAACAAACAGCGCACUUACAUCGCUGCUGUCAAGGACUUGGACUUCUGGUUGGGCGAGGUCGAAAGCUUGCUCACCACUGAGGAUUCUGGUAAGGAUUUGGCGUCAGUCCAAAACCUCAUGAAGAAGCAUCAGUUGGUAGAGGCGGAUAUCGUGGCACACGAAGACCGCAUCAAGGACAUGAACAACCAGGCCGAUUCCUUGGUUGACAGCGGUCAGUUUGAUAGUGCUGGCAUUCAGGAGAAACGUCAAAGCAUCAAUGAGCGCUAUGAACGCAUCUGUAAUUUGGCUGCACACCGCCAGGCUCGCUUGAACGAAGCACUAACGUUGCAUCAAUUCUUCCGCGAUAUUGCCGAUGAAGAAAGUUGGAUAAAAGAAAAGAAAUUGCUGGUUGGCUCAGAUGACUAUGGUCGCGAUUUGACUGGUGUUCAAAACCUAAAAAAGAAACAUAAGCGCCUCGAGGCCGAGUUGGCAUCACACGAGCCGGCAAUCCAGGCCGUGCAAGAAGCGGGUGAGAAGUUAAUGGACGUUUCUAAUUUGGGUGUUCCCGAGAUCGAACAGCGUCUGAAGGCCUUGAAUCAGGCUUGGGCCGAGCUCAAGAACUUGGCAGCAACACGCGGUCAGAAACUAGAUGAAUCCCUUAUAUAUCAACAAUUUUUAGCCCAAGUAGAGGAAGAGGAAGCAUGGAUAACAGAGAAGCAACAAUUACUCUCAGUUGAUGACUAUGGUGAUUCUAUGGCUGCUGUGCAAGGACUUUUGAAGAAGCACGACGCAUUUGAAACCGACUUUGCAGCCCACAAAGAUCGGUGCUCGUUGAUAUGUGACCAAGGAUCUGAAUUGGUGGAAGCUAAAAACCACCACGGUGACUCUAUCGCGCAACGUUGCCAGCAACUGCGCAGCAAGCUUGAAAACUUGAAUGCAUUGGCUGCUCGUCGCAAGGGUGCCCUCUUGGACAAUUCUGCCUAUUUGCAAUUCAUGUGGAAGGCUGAUGUGGUCGAAAGCUGGAUCGCCGAUAAAGAGAACUACGUGCGUUCCGAUGAAUACGGCCGCGACCUUUCAACCGUUCAAACUCUGUUGACCAAACAAGAGACAUUUGACGCUGGUAGGUAAAAAAAAAAAACGCACACAACAAUUUUUGU